AACAGUUACAGUGCCAUGUCUGGUCAAAAACAGAGGAGAAGAAAUGUUUGCGUCAAGUGUUAUGCAAGUCUCCCCCGGCCGUCUCAAAAUCUUUUUGUCAGAUUUUCCAAAGCCUUACUCACAGCUCGAGAGAGACUUCAAGUUUUUGAACACCACACUGUUCUUACCUACUGGCCCUCCACCCCACUCACACGAAGAGAGAGAACCACAGAAGCCAUGUUUCCUCUCCGUGUACCCCUGUUGGCCAUAUUGGUCAGCGUGGCCUUGUGCCAGUAUUAUGACUACGACUACCAGCCUGCUUCCAUGCUAGGACCCUCAGGGCCCAAUUGUAAUCAAGAAUGCGACUGCCCAAUCAACUUCCCCACUGCCAUGUAUUGUGACAGCCGCAAGCUCAAGUUUGUUCCCAUAGUGCCUACAGGGAUCAAGUACCUGUACCUCCAGAACAACCAGAUAGAAGAGAUCAAGGCAGGUGUGUUUGAUAAUGUUACUGAUGUACUUCGCUGGCUGGUACUUGACAACAACCAGAUUACCAAUGCAAAGGUAGCAAAAGGCACAAUCGACAAACUCACAGCCCUGGAGAAGCUAUUCUUUAGCUACAACGACCUGACAGAGCCAGUCAUCCCUCCCUCAAAGUCCCUUGAUGAGCUGAAGAUGAUGCACAACAAAUUGUCCAAGUUCCCCUCUGGACUCUUGAAUGACAAGGAGAAUUUGACCUCCAUCAACCUUCAGCACAAUCAGCUAACCUCCGAUGCCGUCUCAGGGGCAUUCAAAGGGCCAAAGAAGCUUCUGUCCCUUGAUGUGAGCCACAACAAGCUCAAGAAGCUGCCAGCUGGAGUCCCCAGUUCACUGGAAAUCCUCUAUGCCGACUACAAUGACAUUGAUAGUGUCGGGGCAGGAUAUCUGAACAAGCUUCCAGCACUGCAGUACCUGAGGAUCUCCCACAACAAGCUGGUGGACUCCGGGCUCCCUGCUGGAGUGUUCAAUACGACAUCGCUGGUGGAGCUGGACCUGUCUUUCAACAAACUGCAGUCCAUCCCUGAGAUCAACGAGCAGCUGGAGCAGCUCUACCUCCAGGCCAACGAGAUCAACAAGUUUGACCUGACAAGUUUCUGCAAGUUCAUUGGACCCCUCAACUAUUCCCGUCUGAAGCAUCUGCGCCUGGACGCCAACAACAUCACUCACAGCAGCCUGCCCCCUGACUCCUCCAACUGCCUGCGCCAAGCUUCAGAUAUCAUGUUUGAAUAAGGACCUCCCUCAGAUCUAUGACCUCUCUAUGACGCCCUUAUGUACUACCAUGGCACAGCUCAGCCCAAAGCCUUCUGGAUUUAAAUGGCAUAGUAUCCCUCCUUUCAUAGUACUCACAUGUCUUUGCACAUAAGUAGUAUGCUAAUUUUGGGUACUGCCAUGGAAUCUUCAUCAAUUAAAUACAUAUCUUGAGUAAAUCAAGAGCUGGGCAAAUUUGAAAUGCAACAGAUAGAAAAACAAACUAUCAAUCAAUAAAAACUAGCAAUUUUGAAAAUCAUUUUUAAACAUAUCUCACAAAACAUGCAAUAAGCUUGUUCAAUUCAUCAACCAAACAAGUGUUUAAAAUAUUUAGGUAUAGAUAUAAAUGAAUAUUCUCAUUGCUGAAAUAAACAUGAAAAAAAAAUAAAAGAAAAAAGUAAAAAAUAUAUAUAUAUAAAAGUAAAGGGCCAAAAAGUCUAUGAAUAAAAAAGUAAUUAAUUGUAAAACACACACUUAAAACAUUCCAAACUUGCUUGAUUUUAUUGAAUACAGACACAAUGGAGUAAACAACAGUGUCUCAAUUCAAUCGUAGUGUCAUUUUGUCGUCUGUCUUGUAUGUUCAUAUGUUUAGCAUGUAUAAUAUAAUGUGGGUGGAAUAAUGAAUCCAUUGCUGUGCAAAGGACCAGCAUAUAAGGACUGUGUACUCAGAUUUCAGUGUAUAAUGCCUAGUGUGAGAAAUGAUGAGAAAAUGUAAAAUAGCAGUUACAUAGCAGCCACGUUUUCAGCAUCUCGAAUGAAUCAAAGUGGUUUUAAAGAGAAUACCAGUGUUAUUUACUCAUGUCUGCCAUUGUCCGCCUUCUAAUCAAAUAGCAUGAAGUCCCAUUGACUGGCUUUUUUGAACUAUAAGAUAAAAACAUAUAUAUACCCAACUAAGAUAUUUCCAUUUCCAUUUGGACAUAACUUCCCAAUUCCUUGAAGCAAUUACUUUGAGCCCAAUUUAAGUAGGACGUUUGUGAAGUACUUGGUGUUAAAAAGUGGAAUAAAUGACACAUGAUUAAAAGACAUUGGUAUUAUAAACCUUGAGAUGAUAGUAUGAUGUUUUCUUGAAAUCACGAGUCAAAUUGUUUCUUUACUUUACCUACUUCCUAGAUGUCCACUUUCAUGCGUAUUGCUGAUUUGUAUACAAUAUUUGCAUUACUUGCAUGCAACCAAUGGUACCAUUCUUUGAUAAUAAACUACAGCUUUUGCAGUUAAGGUGCUUUCAUUGUUACGUUGUUGUUCACUAUGUUCUUGAUGAUCUUCUUACCAAUACAAAGUCAACUUGGCAGCAGUGUCAAGUUGAUUGCAGUUAUGUUAUUAGAAUGUCACAUUUUGUUUAGGUAAUUUUCCAUUUCAUCGUGAUUUCUUUUGUGGCCUUUGAUUCAGUAACUGGUUUUGAACUUGGAUUUACUGUGAGUAAAACAAACACAGUUGAAUAAACUUUAUUUCCAACUGA